UCCUGGGAGUGCAAAAAGCGCAACAUAGCCCCCCAGGGACCCACUAGAAGGCAAGGCGAUGCCCGUGAACCCAAGGCGGCCUCUCCAGCGAUCUCCCGCUCCAGUCGGUAUCGGCCUACUCGCCACAAAUCAGGCAGUCGGGGACAGCGUCCCACCGCACGUAGUGCCUGCGCACCGGGAUCAUGCCACUGCGGGACCUGAGACGGUGAAUGGCGGCCGCUGUCCGCGCCUGUUCCGUGCGCCUCCUCGUCCGUCGAGCUUCAGAAGCAUCCAGCUAGCGAAAAUGACGCCGAAGACGACGGCACCAGGGGCGACACCUUGACUGUGCUCAGAAUUUCUCAACGGUAGCGGGUGCUGCUUGCGAGAUCGUGGUUUUCGUCAAACGUGCUUACUUAGUGUGUAUAUACUAUGUCCGUGACGUGCACCUGCUCGGUUUUAUUAGCUGAACUACUGUACAUCAGGAAUUUACCCAGCAGCAUUGAAGCGUGGCGGUAAACUGGUCAUGGACAACUCUCGCGAGCAGUCUCCCAACGAAAGCGAUCCGGAGGAUGGAGAUCCGGACGAACCCGUGGAGUUCUGGCCCAAGGUCUGCUUCGAAGACCUGCCCGACGCCCAGCAAGGUCCCUGGGCCUCUCUGCCGGACGUCCUUUUGGAAGCUGUGUACGGCCUGGUACCGAUUCGCGACCGCUACUCCAUGUCACAGGUAUGCCGCAAUUGGUACAGAGUAUUUUACUCGCCCCAAGUAUGGUCUGUCUUUGUACUCGACGACCGUACCAUGACCCGACGCAAGUUCAACUACUACAUGGGCUACCAGCACAUCCUCGACCACUACCGCACGCAGAUCUGCAUGCACAAGAUCGGCCGCUACAUCCGCCACCUUUUGAUCCCGGCCAUGUCCAACUUCUUCAACCUGUACGAGUUCAUGGUGAUCAUGGCCUACUUCGGCGAGCGAAGCGAUACCCUCCACCUUCUGCGCACCUUCGACUUCACCUUUGCCUGCCACAUGACAGACUCGGACGGACCCGAACAGGACAGACCUCAAGAGAACGUCUUCGGAACAGGAGGAAAGGUCCUCGAAGCCCUGAAGAGGCUGAUGCGAUGUUUCACGGGUCUACGGCACCUGGCGCUCACGGACCUUCUGCUGGAACCGCAAGAAGCAAAGUUCCUCUUGGAUGACGUGGCUGGGAACUGCAUGACCACCUUGAGGACUCUGCGGCUUGUCAACUGUUCCAAGGAGCCUCACCCGUUUCUGCACGUGGGUGUCUUUUUGAACUUGUCCACGCUCUACUUGUCGCCGCAGCAUCUUGAUGAGGACGUGGUUGCGCUUCUGAGCUACACAGCCUUGCGGGACUUGCACCUGGUGCAGUCGACAUACACGCAACUGGGCAUACGCGUGUCCACAAGGGCUUGGAGGGAGUUACGGAGGGCAGCGCCGAGACUCAGGGUGCACCUGGCCGUUGAAGGCAGGAUCGCUAAGGAGAUUAUCUGGCAGGAAGGCGCCCCGGUUCACUCUGUGGUCUACCGGACCCCGUACAACCAAGUGGGCCCCGAGUCUGCGCUCGUGGUCGCCACCUACUACCCGCAGGACCUGAGGACUUACGCCUUUCUGGGGUUGCCCAAGUUCCACAUGGCCAAGCCGUUUGUGGACCGCCCAGACUCUGCCCUCGUACUCCUGUGUCGUUCCUGUCCGAGACUAGAAACGCUCAUCAUUCGAGAGCGCAUCUCAACGGCUACGGUCCUCCUCCUGGCCCAUCACGGCCGGUCGUUACGGCAGUUCGUCGUCCGUGGCAACGCAGUCAUCAAAAAGUGCGACUGGCCCCAAAACCCUGAGUGGAGCGAAGAGUUCUACGCGUGGCUCCGUCACACGUCGCAGUCGUACGACGCCGUCUGCAAGGAAGUGUCUCAGAUGCUGGGCGUCUCGUGGACACCGCUUACGGACAAGCAGUUCAAGGCCAUCGUGCUGAACGAGCCCCACAACGAACGUUUCAUCCUACCACGUACUUUCGCGGGUGGUUUCCAGUUCCCGCCGCCAGAGCACAGGCUUUCCUUUUCGUCCAUUGCUUCAUCAUCGCCGGUCUGAAACGCCAGCGCUCGCUGAAGAAACGUUCACAAAAACACGAAGACGGCCAUGGAAGGAGGAGGGAUGAAUGUGCCGUCAAGAGUUUCCGCUAGAGACGGCAAAUUGCUGCGCGUCGCCUCGAAACACUUUUUUUUAAAUUAUUAUUAUAUGGACAUCUAUAACUGUUCCCUCAAACUCAAUCCAAGAAAACGAAUCAAAUAUUUGUGUCAUCAGUAGCCUCUUUAGUGCAAGGGCAGGCCGCGUCCUGUUGGCCCUCUUUGCACUGUAAGAACUAGGAGUGAUGUUGCACCACUCGAUUCCAUCUUUUUUCAAAUAAAGUUUGGCGGUUCUCGUGCUUGUUUAAGAA